AUGCAUUCUAAAACGCCCAUUGAUGACGAACCAAUUGCUGAAGAAAACACUACAAGUGACCAAAUUUUAGACCAAUUACCUGAAGAAACCCAAAACAGCAUUUUAAAUCAAGUACCAUCGCAUUUAUACAAAGAGGGCGACUACAUCGUAGCAUCUUUUCCAGGCAAAAAAAGGGAACAUAAGUUUGUAUGUGUAAUACAAGAAAUAUGUAAUGAAGAUGAUAUUGAAGUUUUAGGGAUGAUAGAGUGUGAUGAAACAAAAAGAUCGUUUAAAUGA